AUGCAGCACGUGGGAACGCGGUCGGGCAAAAGUGAGGCGAAGGAUGCGGCGGUUUCCACGGACAACUCGACGCAUGAGGACGCGGCGCACACCAUCAUGGAGAUUGACCGCCUUACCGAGCAGGGGGUUGCCGCGGCGGAUGUCGCUAAGCUGCGGCAGGCGGGUAUAUUCACCGUGACUGGGAUUCACAUGCAGUGCCGAAAGGAUCUUGUUCUUAUCAAGGGUUUGUCUGAUGCCAAAGUUGACAAAAUUAUCGAGGCGGCACGGAAGUUAUCGGAUUGCGGUUUCAGCGUUGGAACGGCUUACCUGCAACAGAGAGGGAGGGUGACCCGUGUAACAACUGGAAGCACGGCUCUGGAUCAGUUGUUGGGCGGUGGCAUAGAAAGCAUGUCAAUUACGGAGGCGUUUGGUGAGUUCCGAACCGGUAAAACGCAGAUAGCACACACAUUGUGCGUAACGUGCCAACUCCCCAUUUCAAUGGGGGGGGGCAAUGGUAAAGCUAUUUAUGUUGACACAGAGGCAACUUUCAGACCUGAGCGGAUUAAGCCCAUCGCAGAGCGUUUUGGUCUCGACGUUGAGGCCGUACUGGGGAACAUUCUCGUGGCACGAGCUUACACGCACGAGCAUCAGAUGCACCUCUUGUCAAUGGUUGCUGCGAAGAUGGUAGAGGAUCAGUUCAGUCUCCUUGUUGUAGACAGUGUAACGGCUCUCUUUCGCGUGGAUUUUUCUGGCAGAGGGGAGCUCGCGGAGCGGCAGCAGAAACUGGCCAAGAUGUUGAGCAACAUGAUUAAACUUGCGGAGGAGUAUAACGUUGCUGUGUACAUAACAAAUCAGGUGGUUGCGGAUCCUGGUGGCGCCUCCAUGUUUGUGGCCGACCCCAAAAAGCCUAUUGGAGGUCAUAUUCUUGCGCAUGCCUCAACGACGCGACUGUCGCUGCGCAAAGGACGGGGGGAUCAGCGCGUGUGUAAGAUAUAUGACAGUCCGUCGUUGCCGGAGGUGGAAUGUGUUUUCAGCAUAUCGGAGCAAGGGAUUGUUGACGCACGUGAGUAG